CGGGGGUGUACUGAUAUUUGCUCAUAGGAGGGUAAAGCACACUGACACAAUAUUUUACGUGGUUCGGCAAAACCGCCUACAUCCACGGGAGAGAGUCCAUUUUAUUUGAGAUUAGAGAAAGGAUAUACAUGGAGGAGGAGGAUCACUUCACUCAAACUCUACUCCCAGCUCUCAUUGCUGCACUUGCAGCUGCUGCAAUGGCAACAAGGCUGCUGCCAUUGCAGCUCUCCACUUUCUCUCUAUACUCUUCACAUUCUCACACCUCUCUUACCUUUUGCUCUCUCACGUAUGCCUAUAAAUAGGCAAGUAUGGUGGCUUCUCUUCUUCAACAACAGCAGCUGCACAUGGGUUGAUACAUUUGUCAAUGGUGGGUGCAACUACCAUUGACAAAUGGUAACCCUACUCCUUAGGGUAGGUUGCCCAAUAAUGGCAAAUCCCAACACAACUUACCAGAGAUGGUGAGUUGGUUCUAAAUGAUCAAUCAGGCAGAACAAUAUGGAGUCCAGUUUUUGGUGGAAGUGGAGCCGCCUAUGCAGCCAUGCUUGACACGGGAAACUUCGUGGUAGCAAGCCAAGCUGGUGCCAAUUUGUGGCAGAGUUUUGAUGAACCAACAGACACACUGUUGCCCACACAAAAUCUGAAUUUAGGUGCUCAACUAAUUGCUCCCUACCUGGAAAAGAAUUAUUCAGAUGGAAGAUUCAAGUUCAUUCUACAAGCUGACAGCAAUCUCGUACUGUACACAACACGUUAUCCAACAACUACCUCAAAUUAUGCUUAUUGGUCUACCCAGGAUUCUAUUGGAAGCGGUUAUAGGGUGGUCUUUAACCAGUCUGGCUAUAUGUACCUCGCAGCCCAAAAUGGCGCUAUGCUUAAUUCGGUAUUCUCUAAUUCAGUAUCAAUGCAAGAUUUCUACUUGAGGGCUACCAUAGACUAUGAUGGAGUUUUUAGGCAAUAUGCUUAUCCAAAGACUGCUUCCAGUAGCACAAGGUGGGCUAUGGCCUGGACGACUUUGCCAAACUUCAUACCCUCAAAUAUCUGCGUGGUAAUUAGGGGACCAGUAGGCAGUGGAGCUUGCGGUUUCAACAGUUAUUGCAUAGUAGGAGAUGACCAAAGACCGACAUGCAAGUGUCUUCCUGGUUACACUUUCUUUGAUCCAAAUGAUGAGAGGAAGGGAUGCAAGAAAGACUUUAUUUCACAGGAUUGUGACCAUCCAUCGCAAGAAAUAGAUAACUUUAUGAUCAGGGAUAUGCUUAACACAAACUUUCCAUAUACUGAUUAUGAAGAUUUUUUUUCAGUGGACGAGGAUUGGUGCAGACAAGCUUGCUUGAGUGACUGCUAUUGUGCUGUUGCCACUUAUAACAGUGGACACUGUUGGAAGAAGAGAGGCCCUCUCUCGAAUGGGGUAACAGAUCCAAGUAUUGGUGAUGAAGCCCUGAUGAAAGUAAGGAAAGGCAACCGGACUGCAGGUUCAAGUGCAAAGAAGAGUGAUCGAUCAAUUUUGAUCACAACAGGAUCGGUGCUUUUAGGUAGCUCCAUCUUUCUAAUUGUUCUCUCUCUGCUAGGAAUCUACGUGUUCUUUACUCGAUCGAACCAACAAAAACAAAAGGUGGUACCGCAACUCCAUGUCAUGCCAGAAAUGAAUCUGCAGAAUUUUACUUUCAAUGAGCUGGAAACAGCUACAGGAGGAUUCAAGGAAGAAGUUGGUAGGGGUGCUUUUGGAAUUGUUUACAGAGGGGCACUAGCCAACGAAGACAAACCGCUCAUCGCAGUAAAGAAAUUAGAAAAGAUGGCCGGGGAGGGCGACACAGAAUUCAAUACAGAAGUGAAAGUUAUUGGCAGAACAAAUCACAAGAAUCUGGUUCAACUUAUUGGAUUCUGUAACGAAGGGGAAAAUCGCCUUCUGGUCUACGAGUACAUGAGCGGUGGCUCCUUGUCAAACUACAUAUUUGGAUAUUCAAGGCCUAGUUGGCACCGAAGAAUGCAAAUUGCUUUCGGUGUAGCCAGAGGGUAGCUCCUUUACCUCCAUGAAGAAUGCAGCUCCCAGAUAAUCCAUUGUGAUAUCAAGCCUCAAAAUAUCCUGCUCGACGAAUCUCUUAACGCCAGGAUUUCAGAUUUCGGACUAGCCAAGCUGUUGAAGACGGACCAAACCAAAACAACGACAGGAAUCAGGGGGACGAAAGGGUAUGUAGCUCCUGAAUGGUUCAAGAACCUGCCUGUCACAACCAAAGUAGAUACCUACAGCUUUGGCAUUCUCUUGCUGGAGCUAGUUUGCUGCAGAAAGAACUUUGAGAUUAAUGCAAUGCAAGAAGAUCAGAUAGUUCUUGCAGACUGGGCAUGUGAUUGCCUUAAAGAAGGAAAGUUGAACCUUUUAGUAGAAGAAGAUGAAGAGGCAAUGGAAGACAUGAAAAGGGUAGAGAGGUUUGUGAUGGUUGCAAUUUGGUGCAUUCAUGAAGAUCCAUCUUUAAGACCUGGAAUGAAGAAAGUUGUGCAGAUGUUAGAAGGAAGUGUUCAAGUCUCUGUUCCUCCUGAUCCUUCAUCAUUUAUCAGCACAAUCUAAAUCCUUUUUGUACAUAUAUAUAUAUCCAGAAACUAAGGCCAAUGAAUGUUACCUAUCUACCUUGCAUUGAAUAAUCUGUAGUUCCUUGUAUUGAAUAAUCUGUAGUUCCAAUCAUUUCAGGCAUCAUGUGUUAGACCUUGUAAAAUAAGGCUUAAAACGCAUGCUUCCAA